AUGUCGGGCAUCCCGGGCAGCCCCACCUGCUCCUGUCCCCUGGGCUACACCGGGCAGCACUGUCAGAGCCCCCAGAACUCCACCUGCUACCCCAACAACCCCUGUGCCAACAGAGGAGUAUGCACCCUGCUUUCCCUCGACAAGUACAAGUGCCAGUGUGCCCACGGAUGGACAGGUCAGCUCCUCUCUGACUCAAACUGUUGCGUAAUACUGUACAGUCCACUCCUGAUAAGUGCUGUGCAGUUCACUAGUCUAAAUCCCAAUACAUUAUUUCCACUAUUCGUCAUAUGUUUGGUGCACGUAUUCAGGACAGUCCUUAGCCCUUGCAUUGAUUAGAACGCUGUACUGUAUGUUGUGGUCAUGAUAAGUAACCACUGUUAUAUAACCUAACCUCAGCCCUCAUCUCUCUCGCCCUGUGUGUCCAGGCAUACGAUGUGAGCGUGUGGAUAGCUGUCUGUCAGGACCUUGUGCUAACGGAGGCACCUGCAGAUCCCUGUCCGGGGCCAAGUUCAGCUGUACCUGUCCUCCAGGCUACUGGGGUCCACGCUGCCUCAACGACACUGACGAGUGUGCUGCCUCCACCCCGGUGUGUCAGAACGAAGGGGUGUGUGUCAACACCCCCGGCUCCUACAGGUGUAACUGCGCCCCCGGGUUCACCGGCCGCCACUGUGAGACCCCCUACAUCCCCUGCUCCCCCUCGCCCUGCCUCAAUGGGGGCACGUGUCGCCCAACCUCUGAGACCAGCUACUGGUGCCACUGCCUGCCAGGUGAGAGAGAGCGAGGGAAAGAAAAAAAGAAAAAAAGAGAGAAAGGCAAUUGUUGCAAUUAAUGUUUGAGGUGCAAACACUAGAAUCCUGCUGGCGCUCUAACACUAUACACCGUUAUUAAAACCCUACUGUACCCAAUGGAGCUUUGUGGGCACAACAAUCAAGCACUGUGUUAUCUGUUUACAAUAUAACUUGUCAUCACUAUGAUAACUGAUACAUUAUAUGACAGAGGUUGCUAGCCAGAUUGGUAGUAGUGAAGUAAUACGUAUCAUUUCUAUCUUUGUCACUCUCAUGGCAGGCUUCAAUGGGACUAACUGUGACAACAACAUUGACGACUGCCCCGACCAUCACUGCCAAAAUGGAGGGACCUGCAUGGAUGGUGUCAACACCUACAAUUGCAAAUGCCCCCCGGAAUGGACUGGUAAGGAUAAAGAAUAGUGUCUGUUUGUCUUUUUUCUUUGUUUCAGUUUCUGUCUUUUGUUCAGUGUCUGUGUUUCUGUCUGUAGUUUCUCUGUGUUUCUGUCUGUGGGUUCUCUGUGUUUCUGUCUGUGGUUUCUCUCUGUGUCUUAAUGGGGGACUUUUUUCUUCACUCUAGUCUCACAUGUCCAACUCUCUCCCCCAACCCCCUGCAGGUCAGUCCUGUACAGAGGAUGUGGAUGAGUGUCGCCUGCAGCCCAACACGUGUCAGAACGGGGGUACCUGCAGCAAUAUCCAGGGCAGCUACACCUGUGUGUGUGUCAAUGGCUGGAGUGGCCUGGACUGCUCUGAGAACAUAGAUGACUGUGCUACGGCUGCCUGCGCCAAGGGCUCCACCUGUAUUGACCGUGUGGCAUCCUUCCUCUGUGUCUGCCCCUAUGGAAAGACAGGUGGGGGACAAACAGCCUGUCUACAGUGUAGAUAUAUACAGAUGUCUCUUAUAGACAGAUCGAUGGAUAAGUAGAAAGAUAAUGUAUUAAUCCACAAGGGGAAUCUAUAAGCACAGAAAACACACAGGCUGAGUGACUGUUGAAUAUUCCCUGCCAGGUUUGCUGUGCCACGUGAAUGAUGCCUGCAUCAGUAGCCCGUGCCGGGAUGGGGCGCAGUGCGACACCAACCCUAUCAAUGGCAUGUUCAACUGCAACUGUGCCCCAGGCUACAAGGGGAGCACCUGCAAUGACGACAUCAACGAGUGCAUCAUUGGUGAGUGACAGAUCAAAACACAUGAUUAGAUUAUACAGACUAUUCUGUAAGAAAUAUCCUUCCUCUCCCUUUGGUACUUUCUGUACUCCUUUAUAGUUCUGUCUAACUAACCUCUCAGGUUUCCCCUCAGGUCCAAACCCCUGUGAGCACGGAGGAUUGUGUGUGAACACGGAUGGCUCGUUCACAUGUAACUGUGCAAGAGGUUAUGGUGGGCCGCGCUGUGAGACGGACAUCAAUGAGUGUGUCUCCAGCCCCUGCCAGAACGACGGCACCUGUCUGGACCGCAUAGGAGACUACAGCUGCAUCUGUAUGGAAGGUGUGUGUGAUCAGUGAUUCCCUAUCUCUCUUUCUCACACACACACACACACAAUACUGUUGUGUAAUAUUCUCUCUCUGUUUCCAGGAUUUGAGGGAACACACUGUGAGAUUGACAUCAAUGAGUGUGCCAGCUCUCCAUGUCUGAACCAAGGGAUCUGUCUGGAUCAAGUCAAACGUUACGUCUGCCAGUGCCCUCUAGGUUCGUCUGCCUUUUUGUAAUCAAAUUCAUUUCUCAUAGUGUUUCAGAAGGUGUCGAGCUACAGUAUUUGACGCUGAGUUCCGUCCCUGGCCUUUAGGAUUCAGUGGGGAGAUGUGUCAGAUCGACAUUGACGAGUGUUCCAGCACACCCUGCCUCAACGGGGCCAAGUGUAUCGACCGACCCAACGGUUACGAGUGUGAAUGUGCUGAAGGUACUAGCCAACCUUACCCAUUGCAAAUGUAUAUACCUUUGCAUGUUAAAACCAUGAUGUUUAAACUAAAGCAUUAACACAGGGAAUAUUUAACAGUUACUCAAUGUGUGGUUUCUCUCCCCAGGCUUCUAUGGGCCACUGUGUAAAGAGAACAUAGAUGACUGUGACCCAGAGCCCUGCCACCAUGGUGUGUGUCAUGAUGGCAUCGCCACCUUCUCCUGUGACUGCGACCCAGGCUACACCGGCUCCAUUUGCAACAUCCAGGUUAUGGAGUGCCACAGCAACCCCUGCCAGAACCGCGGACGGUGCAUCGACCUGGUCAACAAGUACCAGUGCAACUGUCUGCCUGGCACCUCAGGUGAGCAGAGAUAAAGAAUGGGUGGAAUAUUUUUGGGUUAUAAAAACUUUAGUAAUAAGGGGAAACCAGUGCAAUAACAGAAUGUUUGGAUAAACAAAAACAUUAACUCACAUACACUGUGCACGGUGCAUCUCUGUCUACAUACUAUUUGUGAAACUUAGGUCUAGACCAUGACUGAUUUCUAGUUUGUGAAACUGUAGUAGACCAUGACUUCAUUGGUGUUUGUUAUGUAUCCCCAACUAUCCCUUUUAACUGCUGCUCACUCAGUGCUGUCUGCCCCAAAGCUCUGUGCUGUGCUUCUCUGAACUUGAAACACCAGCAGUUCCUACUCUGUUCUGUGGAGUAGAAGUGGCUUCCUGCAGGGUAGAGCAGAGCUCUCAGCUCAGUGCACUCAGACAGGAGGGGAUCAGUCAUAAGGGUCGGCCCAGCUCUGCUCAGCCCAGCACGCUGCCCUGGCCUAGGGGAUUAGUGCAGGCUAGUGCACUGGUACUGUACACACACACACACACACACACACACACACACACACACACACACACACACAGGAGUCAGCUUAGGUCACACACAUACUUUCACUCGCUCAGCUCACUCUCUUUGGAACACACCUGUUAAACACUGUCAGCUAGUCCACUGCUCCCCCUGGUGGAGGCCAUUGGAACUGCAGCUACCUUUUGUAAUGGAGUGCCUGUUCAAAAAGCUUCAAAAUGCAUCCUCUUCUGGUUUUCUUCUUAGGGGUGAACUGUGAGAUCAAUGUUGAUGACUGUGCCAGUAACCCCUGUGAGUAUGGGGAGUGCCAGGAUGGGAUCAACGAGUACAAGUGUGUCUGUGCUCCAGGAUACACAGGUAAACACACAUACUUCUCCCUCUCAACUAUUCAGAUGCAUCUCCAUGUUAAUGACAGUACAUGCCUGAUUCUUUCAGUGAAUGAAUGAACUAAGAAGUCAUUUUCUGAAUUAUUUCUCUCUCAGGUGCAAAAUGUGACGUGGACAUCAAUGAGUGUAAUUCCAGCCUGUGUAUGAGUGGGGGUACAUGUGUGGACAAGGUGAACGGCUUCAUCUGCCAGUGCCCCCCUGGCACCCAUGGCCCCCUGUGCCACUCUGGCACCGACCACUGUGCUCCCCGGCCCUGUGUACACGGAGACUGUGUAGAGCAGCAGAGCGGGUAUGCCUCUCUCUAGAUCUCUAUCACUCUUUCUAGAGUUGCGUACUUUAUGUAAAAUAAUACUUUUUCCAACCCAUCGGCAUACUGUAUGAUUGCAGGUUAUAUGAAUUUUGAAUUGUAUUAGUAGCCCCAUUAGCUGACGCCAUGACGUCAGCUAAUCUUCCUGGGGUCCAACAUAUAGUUUAUAUGAUACACAUGAUAGAAAUGCAUACUUCAAGUUAUUCUCUGUCUGUCACUAACCCUUACUCCCUCCCCUGGUCUGUAUGUAGGUACCACUGUGAGUGUGAGUCUGGCUGGGUGGGGCAGCACUGUGACCAGGAGAAGGAUGAGUGCCAGUCCAGCCCCUGCCAGCACAGUGGCACCUGUGUGGACAGACUCAAUGGAUACUCCUGCCAGUGUCGCCCCGGAUUCACAGGUCUGAAUCAGGGUUUUAUAAAUCCUUUAUUCAUUAUUCAGAUGAUCCCAUUAAACUGCAGUCCCCAAUAUAUUCAAAUGUUUUUCUGUUCACUGUUUUAUUUAAAAACUCACUAAUUUCCUUCCUCCCUCUCCCCUCAGGUGUGAACUGUGAGGUCAACAUAGAGGAGUGUGCAUCAAGCCCAUGUGAGAACCAUGGUACCUGUGUGGACGGAAUCAACAGUUACACCUGCCAGUGUGCCCCUCCGUACUCAGGUAACAAUACCAUCCACACUACUGUAUUACCCAGGACAUAUUCCCUCUGGUGGAGCUGACGUUGAUUGUAUCAUGGGCGUUAUGGAUAUUAACAAUAUUUCUGUGUGUCCACAGGAAAACACUGUGAGGAGGAGUUGGUUCCCUGUGCGUCUCAUCCAUGUGAGCGGGGAGGUGUGUGUCAGCCAACCCCAGACUACACCUUUUACACCUGUAGAUGUCCCAGUGGCUGGCAAGGUGGGUAUUCACAUAGAGGGAAAAGGUGUGAGUGUGUGUUGGGGGAGAUUUUCUACCAUAAUGUUAAUUAAAAUGCUAUGUUUGAAUAGGCCCCCGCUGCACUGAGGAUGUGGAUGAAUGCAGAAAGAGCCCGUGUCAGAACAGGGCCCGUUGCAUCAACAACCAGGGCAGCUACGUGUGCAAGUGUCAACCAGGCUACAGCGGCCUCAACUGCCAGACCAACAUCGAUGACUGCUCCCCCAGUAAGUUAUCACCCAGCUCUUGGGAACACUCACACGGAUAGCCCAGGCAAACUCACAUCACAUAUUGUGUAUAUUCUCUAUGAGCAUCUUGUGUACUGUACUAAUGUAUCGAUCUUCACAAACAGCUUUAUGGGUCUCUCUCUCUCUCUCACUCUCUCAGACCCGUGUCUGAACGGCGGUUCCUGUGUGGAUGGAGUGGGAGGGUUCUCCUGUGACUGCCGGCCAGGGUUUGAUGGGGAGCGCUGUGAGACAGAGGUGGACGAGUGUGCCAGCCAGCCUUGCCGGAACGGAGCCGUGUGCCGGGACUACGUAAACAGCUUCGUCUGCGAGUGCCGGCCAGGCUUUGACGGAAUCCUAUGUGAACACAACAUCCCAGAAUGCACUGAGAGGUAGGUUACAAAGGACUUUAACUGCAGUCACUGUGUUAAAGUGUUUAAAGUUGUUUCAAUCAAAAUUAUUCUUCAAUGAAUUUUCCUUUUUGAUAUGUGGCUACUUGUGGACUGGGACGCAUUUAGAAAAAAGUAUUAAAUUGAUUUCCGCUGCAACACGCAAGGACUUCCAUCAUCUUUGACCACAUAUCUUUCUUUCUCUCUCUCCCUCUAUUUCCCUCAGUUCCUGUCUGAAUAACGGGACCUGUGUUGACGACAUCAACACCUUCUCGUGUCGUUGUCGUCCUGGUUUCUACGGGACCUUCUGUCAGUAUGAGCAGAAUGAGUGUGACUCUCAGCCCUGUAAGAACGGAGGGACCUGCACAGACGGCCUGGGAUCCUACCGCUGCACCUGCCCUGUGGGCUACAACGGGCAGAACUGCCAGGUAGAGAGAGGAGAGAGAGAGAGAGAGAGAGAGAGAGAGUGUGGGUGUGUGUAAAAUGGCGUUGAACUGAAAAUUACUUUUAAAAAAGGUAUCUGAUUAUAACAUCUCUCUUUGUCUGGUUCUUCAUAUGAAAAGCAAUGCUAACAUUUCCUGCUCCGUUUGUCCCAUUGCAGAACUUUGUGAACUUGUGUAGCCAGCCACUGUGCAGGAACGGAGGGUCCUGUUCCCAGUCAGAGACCACCUGGUCAUGUCACUGUCCUGUGGGCUGGACUGGUCUAUACUGUGACGUCCCCAACAUGUCCUGUCAGGACUAUGCUGCUCGGAAUGGUGAGCAUUCCAUGCCUCUACAAUACACUGUGUUUUAUUCAGUCACCUCUCUCAGUAAACAGUCAAAUAGUUCACAAUCAGUCAAAGGGAUAGUUCAGGAUUUUGGCAAUGAGGCCCUUUAUUUACUUCCCAAGAGUCAGAUGAACCAUUUUUAUGUAUCUGCGUCCACUAUGAAGGUUAGAGGUAGUUUUAUGAGCCAAUGCUAACUAGCGAUGACUUGUUAGUAACUUUCUUCAAACUGCAUGCAGAUACAUAAAAAUGGUGUCCACGAGUUCAUCUAACUCUGGGGAAGUAGAUAAAGGGCCUCAUUGCCAAAAUCCCAAACUAUCCCUUUAAUCAAAUUACAUGUUUACAAAGACAGAUGGAUGAAAUAUAAAGAUGAUGUAAAGGUAUGUAAACCAUGCUGAUUAUGGCUAAUAUGUUGUGUGUGUCUCUGUCAGGUAUUCCAGUGGAGAUGGUGUGUAAGUACAUGGGUCGCUGUGUGAAUGUUGGUAAUGCCCACAAGUGUCAGUGCCAGCCUGGCUACACUGGCAGCUACUGUGACAAGACUGUGGACGAGUGCCAGUCCAACCCCUGCCGCAACGGAGCCACCUGCAUGGACUACCAGGGCACAUAUGAGUGUAUGGUAAGUUGUGUGUGUGUGUGUGUGUGUGUGUGUGUGUGUGUGUGUGUGUGUGUGUGUGUGUGCAUCUAUGUGUGUCUGUGUGAACAUCUAACAAUGUGUCUCUGUUCCAGUGCAAGGCUGGCUACCAGGGGGUGAACUGUGAGUAUGACGUGGAUGAGUGUCACUCUAACCCUUGUCGUCAUGGAGGAACCUGCAUCAACCUCAUCAACCGCUUCUCCUGCGCCUGCCCACCUGGCACACAUGGUAAGCAGAUACCGGAAGAUUCUCUCUUGUUUUAUCAAUCUCUUUCUCUCUCUUUUUUUUCCUUGCCCAUUGGUUUUACAUAAUGUACAACUACAACCGAUGGUCUAACCUGACCUCUCAACCGAUGGUCUUUCCUCUCUCUCCUCUCCCCCUCUGUAGGUGUUCAGUGUGAGGUGAACGUGGACGACUGUGCUCCCAAGCCUGGCUCCUUGGGGCCUCGCUGUCUGAACGGGGGCCAGUGUGUGGAUGGGGUGGGCCGCUACACCUGCUCCUGCCCCCCUGGCUUCGCUGGGGAGCACUGUGAGGGGGACGUCAAUGAGUGUCUCUCUGGACCCUGUCACUCUCCUGGUAGCCUGGACUGUGUGCAGCUGGCCAACGACUACCAGUGCCGCUGUCGCCUGGGCUACACAGGUAUAGAACUACACCCCUCUGUAUAUGUUUUAAGACACAUCAACACCUGUUACCUAGCAUACCCCGCACUCAUGCUGUGUAACAUGACAUCUCUCUCUUUUUUAGGACGACUCUGUGAGUCCAUGGUGGAUCUGUGCCAGUCUAAGCCGUGCCAUAACAGUGGUACCUGCUCCAUGAACAUGAGCUCAGUGCAUGGAUACACAUGCACCUGUCAACCAGUAAGUCAUAUAAUGUUACUGUACCCUUUUACAAUGUUUGUUUUCCAAUUGCCAGACUGCUGUGUUUCUAUGUACUCCAUGUACCAGUUUGCUGAUCUUUAUCUCUUUCUUUUGAAUGGAUUUACAACUGCAUUGAAACUGCAUUGUGCUGUAUAACAUUGUAUUCACCUCUAAUGUAGCUGUGGAGUGAGUGGCUGAGUGUCUAUUCUUUCCCUACUGGCUUGUUUCCCUAACUACUAACCAUUCUCCUCCUCCUUAUUCUUACCUUUGCUUCAGAGGGUGAGACAACAUAGUUCAGGUAUGACUGAGAACAGCAGUGUUCUAGGAAGAGACCAAACUUAGUACAUUCUCACAGGUUUUCUGACUAGUCAACUGCAGGAAUGUAGGUUAUGAAUGUAAAACCGAGUCCACAGGUAUCUGCCUAACCAGUCAGUUCACAUGUCUGAUGCCUACUCUCUCUCGUCUCCUUGUUCAGAGUUUCACUGGCUUCAACUGUGGAGAGGUAGAGGGCUACAACUGUGCCCAGCUGCGUUGCCAGAACGGCGGGCACUGCCAGGAUUCUCAGGGUGAUCAUCUGCACUGCCGUUGCCAGCCAGGCUUCAGUGGGUCACGCUGCGAGACCGCCCACAGCUGCCAGAACCGGCCCUGUCUGAAUGGAGGCACCUGUAUGAAGGACCCACACCAGUACAGCUGUCACUGCCCAGCCCACUUCUCCGGCAGGCACUGUGAGAAUGUCAUUUUCGACCAGUCCCCCCGCACCCCCUCCUGCCCUUAUGUAGAGUGUGAGCAGCGGUCCGGGGAUACGAAGUGUGACCCGCAGUGCAACAACCAUGAGUGCCAGUGGGACGGCGGGGACUGUUCUCUACAUUGGCACCGGCCAUGGGUCAACUGCACCGCCCCCGUGCCCUGCUGGGAGCUGUUCCGUAACGGCCGCUGUGACCCGGAGUGUGACAACUCCGGCUGCCUCUUCGACAGCUUUGAGUGUCAAGAGAGCACAAAGUCAUACUGCAAGUAUGUACAAGAGUUAGUAACAACAUAAACACAUCAAUACACAUGUACACUCAGUGGCCAGUUUAUUAGGUACACCAAUCUAGUACCGGGUCGAACCCCCCUUUGCCUCCAGAACAGCUUGAAUUCUUCAGGGCAUGGAAACGUUGCCCAAUUGGUAUCAAGGGACGUAACAUGUGCCAGGAUAACAUUCCACACACCAUUACACCACCGCACCACCCUGUACUGUUGACACCAGGCAGGAUUGGGCCAUGGACUGCUUACGCCAAAUCCUGACUCUGCCAUCAGCAUGACGCAACAGCAACCAGGAUUCAUCAGUCCAGGCUGUGUUUUUCCACUCCUCAAUUUCCAGUGUUGUUGAUCGCGUGCCCACUGGAGCAGCUUCUUGUUUUUAGCUGAUAGGAGUGGAACCCGGUGUGGUCGUCUGCUGCAAUAGCCCAUCCGUGACAAGGACCGACGAGUUGUGCGUUCCGAGAUGCCGUUCUGCACACCACUGUUGUACUGCGCUGUUAUUUGCCUGUUUGUGGCCCGCCUGUUAGCUUGCACGAUUCUUGCCAUUCUCCUUCGACCUCUCAUCAACAAGCUGUUUUUGCCCACAGGACUGCCGCUGACUAGAUGUUUUUUGUUUGUCGCACCAUUCUCGGUAAACCCUAGACACUGUUGUGCGUGUAAAGCCCAGGAGGCCGGUCGUUUCUGAUUCUGGAACUGGCACGCCUGGCACCGAUACCACACUCAGUCGCUUAGGUCACCCGUUUUGCCCAAUCUAACUUUCAAUCGAACAGUAACUGAAUGCCUUGAUACCUGUCUGCCUGCUUUAUAUAUCAAGCCACGGCCACGUGACUCCCUGUCUGUAGGAGCGAAGCAUUUUCGUGAAUGGGGUGGUGUAGCUAAUAAACGGCCCACUGAGUGUAUAUCCUUAUUAAGAGAAUAUUAAGAUUAUUACGAGAAAAUGUAUACAAUAAAUUCAGAUUUUAAAGCUUUUUAACACACAGGAAGUCCUAGAGUCUUCUGAAUUCCCUAACCCCCUCCCUCUGCCCUUUCAUAUCUACAGGUAUGAUAAGUACUGUGCGGACCACUAUGCAAACAAGAUCUGUGACAAGAGCUGUAACACAGAGGCAUGUGGCUGGGACGGCCUGGACUGCUCUGAGGACACCCCUGCUAAGGUGGCUGAUGGCACACUGGUGAUCAUAGUGUUACUGCAGCCUGAGGAGCUGCUGGGAGACUUGAGAGGCUUCCUGCGCUCCCUGGGAACCCUGCUGCACACCAACCUCCGUGUCAAAAUGGACGCCCAGCAGAGACCUAUGGUGUAUCCUUACUAUACUCUGGAGCACGACAACGACAAUGAAGGACAGUCUGCUACAAUGAAACGUAGAGGCAAACGGGAGAUGGACAAGGAGGUUCUCGGGUAAGGAGAUGUCUUUCUCUCUCUCUUUAACUGCUAGAUAAGAUGAAGUGUGAAUAGUCCUCCAUGUUGUGAAGUAAGCCUAACCGAAGUUGUGUUUGUUGCAGGUCUAAGGUGUACCUGGAGAUUGAUAACCGAAAGUGUGCUGAGAUCUCCAUGGACUGUUUCUCCAGCACAGAGCUGGUUGCAUCCUUCAUCGCUGCAGAGUACCUAAAGUCUGCGCUGCCCUACCCUGUGGUCUCUGUCGACAGUAAGUCCCUCUCCUUUUUCCUAUUGUGAUUUCACAAACACCACAUCAAGGCGGUGACCCGAUCCUGUAGGUUCAUGCCCUACAACAUUCGGAGAGUACGACCCUGCCUUACACAGGAAGCGGCACAGGUCCUAAUCCAGGCAUCUCCCGUCUGGAUUACUGCAACUCGCUGUUGGCUGGGCUCCCUGCCUGUGCCAUUAAACCCCUACAACUCAUCUAGAAUGCCGCAGCCCGUCUGGUGUUCAACCUUCCCAAGUUCUCUCACGUCACCCCGCUCCUCCGCACACUACACUGGCUUCCAGUUGAAGCUCGCAUCUGCUACAAGACCAUGGUGCUUGCCUACGGAGCUGUGAGGGGAACGGCACCUCCGUACCUUCAGGCUCUGAUCAGUCCCUACACCCAAACGAGGGCAUUGCGUUCAUCCACCUCUGGCCUGCUGGCUCCCCUACCUCUGCUGAAGCACAGUUCCCGCUCAGCCCAGUCAAAACUGUUCGCUGCUCUGGCACCCCAAUGGUGGAACAAGCUCCCUCACGACGCCAGGACAGCGGAGUCACUCACCACCUUCCGGAGACAUUUGAAACCCCACCUCUUUAAGGAACACCUGGGAUAGGAUAAAGUAAUCCUUCUACCCCCCCACCUUACCCCCCCAAAAAAAAAAAAAAAAAAAAAAGAAUAAUUGUAAAGUGGUUAUCCCACUGGCUAUAAGGUGAAUGCACCAAUUUGUAAGUCGCUCUGGAUAAGAGCGUCUGCUAAAUGACGUAAAUGUAAAUGUAAACCACCCUAAUGGUAAUGUUACAUAAGCACACCUGAUUAAACCCACUUAUUAUGUUCUUUGCUAAAAAUGGACACUUUGCUCCAUUACUCAUGCUCUGAAUGCAGAGCCCAUUUCAGAUUGCAUCACCUAGUUAAGAGUUCCAUGUCUCCUCCUCCAGGUGACCCUAUGGACCCCCAGAAGCCCCCCUUCAUGCUGUACCUGGCUAUGGGAGCAGCUGUCAUCAUCCUGCUCAUCCUGGUGCUGGGCGUGCUGGCCGCCAAGAGGAAACGCAAACACGGCAUCCUCUGGCUCCCCGAUGGCUUCCUGGCCAAGAAAGACGACAAGAGGAGAGAGCCCCUGGGCCAGGACGACUUCGGCAUGAAGUGAGUGGAGAAAAGACAGAGGUUGCGUCCGAAAUGGCACCCUAUUCCCUGUAUAGUGCACUGCUUUUGACCAGGUCCUGCAUAUGGUCUAAUAUAUACACAUACACAUACACACACAUACACACACACACACACACACACACACACACUACCGGUCAAAAGUUUUAGAACACCUACUCAUUCAAGGGUUUUUCUACAUUAUAGAAUAAUAGUGAAGACAUCAAAACUAUGAAAUAACACAUAUGGAAUCAUGCAGUAACCAAAAAAGUGUUAAACAAAUGAAAAUAUAUUUUAUAUUUGAGAUUCUUCAAAUAGCCACCCUUUGCCUUGAUGACAGCUUUUCACACUCUUGGCAUUCUCUCAACCAGCUUCACCUGGAAUGCUUUUCCAACAGUCUUGAAGGAGUUCCCACAAAUGCUGAGCACUUGUUGGCUACUUUUCCUUCACUCUGCGGUCAGACUCAUCCCAAACCAUCUCAAUUUGAUUAAGGUCAGGGGGUUGUGGCGCACUCCAUCACUCUCCUUCUUGGUCAAAUAGCCCUUAUACAGCCUGGAAGGUGUGUUGGGUCAUUUUCCUGUUGAAAAACAAAUGAUAGUCCCACUAAGCCCAAACCAGAUGGGAUGGCGUAUCGCUGCAGAAUGCUGUGGUAGCCAUGCUGGUUAAGUGUGCCUUGAAUACUAAAUAAAUCACAGACAUUGUCACCAGCAAAGCACCCCCACACCAAAACACCACCUCCUCUAUGCUUUACGGUGGGAAAUACACAUGUGGAGAUCAUCCAUUCACCCACAAAAAUCUCAAAUUGGAACCAAAAAUCUCAAAUUUGGACUCCAGACCAAAGGACACAUUUCCACCGGUCUAAUGUCCAUUGCUUGUGUUUCUUGGCCCAAGCAAGUCUCUUCUUCUUAUUGGUGUCCUUUAGUAGUGGUUUCUUUGCAGCAAUUUGACCAUGAUUCACACAGUCUCCUCUGAACAGUUGAUGUUGAGAUUUGUCUGUUACUUGAACUCUGUGAAUCAUUUAUUUGGGUUGCAAUUUCUGAGGCUGGUCCUCAUGAGAGCAAGUUUCAUCAUUGCGCUUGAUGGUUUUUGCGACUGCACUUGAAGAAACGUUCAAAGUUCUUUAAAUUUUCCGUAUUGACUGACCAUGUCUUAAAGUAAUGAUAGACUGUCAUUUAUCUUUGCUUAUUUGAGCUGUUCUUGCCAUAAUAUGGACUUGGUCUUUUACGAAAUAGGGCUAUCUUCUGUAUACCCCCCCCCUACCUUGUCACAACACAACUGAUUGGCUCAAACGCAUUAAGAAGGAAAUCAAAUUAACAAGACACACCUGUUAAUUUAAAUGCAUUCCAGGUGACUACCACAUGAAGCUGGUUGAGAGAAUGCCAAGAGUGUGCAAAGCUGUCAUCAAGGCAAAGGGUGGCUAUUUGAAGAAUCUCAAAUAUAAAAUAUAUUUUCAUUUGUUUAACACUUUUUUGGUUACUACAUGAUUCCAUAUGUGUUAUUUCAUAGUUUUGAUUUCUUCACUAUUAUUCUACAAUGUAGAAAAUAGUAAAAAUAAAUAAAAACCCUUGAAUGAGUAGGUGUUCUAAAACUUUUGACCGGUAGUGUAUAUAUUGAACAAAAAUAUAAACGCAACAUGCAACAAUUUCAAAUAUUUUACUGAGUUACAGUUCAUAUAAGGAAAUCAGUCAAUUGAAAUAAAUAAAUUAGGAUUUCUAUGGAUUUCACAUGACUUGGAAUACAGAUAUGCAUCUGUUGGUCACAGAUACCUGGGGGAAAAAAAAGUAGGGGUGUGGAUCAGAAAACUAGUCAGUAUCUGGUUUGACCACCAUUUGCCUCAUGUAGCGCGACACAUCUCUUUCGCAUAGUUGAUCAGGCUGUUGAUUGUGGCCUGUGGCCUCCUCAAUGGUUGUGCUAAGUUGCUGGAUAUUUGCGGGAACUGAAACACACUGUCGUACACGUCAAUCCAGAGCAUCCCAAACAUGCACAAUGAGUGACAUGUCUGGUGAGUAUGCAGGCCAUGGAAGAACUGGGACGUUUUCAACUUCCAGGAAUUGUGUACAGAUACAUGGGGCUGUGCAUUAUCAUGCUGAAACAUAAGGUGAUUGUGGCGGAUGAAUGGCAUGACAAUGGGCCUCAGGAUCUCAUCACGGUAUCUCUGUGCAUUCAAAUUGCCAUCGAUAAAAUGCAAUUGUGUUUGUGGUCAAUAACUUUUAUUUCAGCUCAUGAAACAUGGGACGAGCACUUUACAUGUUGCACUUAUAUAUUUACUUUUUUUAAUUACUGCACUAUACCGGGAAUAAAGACAAAAUAGUGUACCUCUAUAGUGUACCAUACUCUGAACUGAGACAAAUGUUUGACCAAUGUACCAUAAUGUAGAGCCUCAUUCUCCACACCCUUUCCUCUUCUUCCUCUCUUCCCUGCAGGAACUUCAAGACCCAGGAUGGAGGGAUGAUGGACGGAGGCCAGAGCCAGAGAUGGAUGGAAGAGGAGGCUCCGCCCAAGAAACCAAGGGUGAGAAUGAGAAAGAAGAGAGCCAUUCUUGGCAGCCAUUUUGGGUCAGAAGGCUCACCAGUUGCAUACCAGCAUGAUGCAUUGAGUGAGUAUCUAAAUAUCUCCUCUCCCCCAGACUGAGGACAAGCCCCUACUGCCUCUGGGUGUGGAUGGAGGAGUGGACAGACGGGAGUGGACCUUACAACACCACAAGGCUGCUGACAUCUCUCUCACUCCACCACAGGCUGAUCUGGAAGCGGACUGCCUGGAUGUCAAUGUCAAAGGACCAGGUAGAUUUUAAGAUUGAUUAGGAUUGUUGUCAUUCAAGUAUAAGGAUACCUGACUGAUUGCCCUUGGUGUAACUGUAUAUUUUUUUGCUCUGACCAAAUUGCAAAAUUCUCAUCCAGAUGGCUUCACCCCCUUGAUGCUGGCUUCUCUACGAAACGGAGGGGCGUCUGAUUGCGGCCUGCAGGCGGAAGAGGAAGAGGAGAGCGGGGGAGAUGAGCCAGGACCCAACGUCAUCUCAGACCUCAUCACCCAGGGUGCAACACUCAUGGCCCAAACGGAUCGCACCGGGGAGACGGCACUCCACCUGGCGGCUCGCUACGCCCGGGCCGAUGCCGCCAAAAGGCUGCUGGACGCCGGGGCAGAUGCCAAUGCUCACGACAACAUGGGUCGCACCCCUCUCCACGCUGCUGUGGCGGCCGAUGCCCAGGGAGUGUUCCAGGUAACAUAUUCAUUUACAUUUUCGUCAUUUAGCAGACGCUCUUAUCCAGAGCGACUUACAAAUUGGUGCAUUCACCUUAUGAUAGCCAGUGGGACAACCACUUUACUAUAUAUAUAUAUAUAUAUAUACAUACAGUGGGGAGAACAAGUAUUUGAUACACUGCCGAUUUUGCAGGUUUUCCUACUUACAAAGCAUGUAGAGGUCUGUAAUUUUUAUCCUAGGUACACUUCAACUGUGAGAGACGGAAUCUAAAACAAAAAUCCAGAAAAUCACAUUGUGUGAUUUUUAAGUAAUUAAUUUGCAUUUUAUUGCAUGACAUAAGUAUUUGAUACAUCAGAAAAGCAGAACUUAAUAUUUGGUACAGAAACCUUUGUUUGCAAUUACAGAGAUCAUACGUUUCCUGUAGGUCUUGACCAGGUUUGCACACACUGCAGCAGGGAUUUUGGCCCACUCCUCCAUACAGACCUUCUCCAGAUCCUUCAGGUUUCGGGGCUGUCGCUGGCCAAUACGGACUUUCAGCUCCCUCCAAAGAUUUUCUAUUGAGUUCAGGUCUGGAGACUGGCUAGGCCACUCCAGGACCUUGAGAUGCUUCUUACGAAGCCACUCCUUAGUUGCCCUGGCUGUGUGUUUCGGGUCGUUGUCAUGCUGGAAGACCCAGCCACGACCCAUCUUCAAUGCUCUUACUGAGGGAAGGAGGUUGUUGGCCAAGAUCUCGCGAUACAUGGCCCCAUCCAUCCUCCCCUCAAUACGGUGCAGUCGUCCUGUCCCCUUUGCAGAAAAGCAUCCCCAAAGAAUGAUGUUUCCACCUCCAUGCUUCACGGUUGGGAUGGUGUUUAGACCAAAAAGCUCUAUUUUUGUCUCAUCAGACCACAUGACCUUCUCCCAUUCCUCCUCUGGAUCAUCCAGAUGGUCAUUGGCAAACUUCAGACGGGCCUGGACAUGCGCUGGCUUGAGCAGGGGGACCUUGCGUGCGCUGCAGGAUUUUAAUCCAUGACGGCGUAGUGUGUUACUAAUGGUUUUCUUUGAGACUGUGGUCCCAGCUCUCUUCAGGUCAUUGACCAGGUCCUGCCGUGUAGUUCUGGGCUGAUCCCUCACCUUCCUCAUGAUCAUUGAUGCCCCACGAGGUGAGAUCUUGCAUGGAGCCCCAGACCGAGGGUGAUUGACCGUCAUCUUGAACUUCUUCAAUUUUCUAAUAAUUGCGCCAACAGUUGUUGCCUUCUCACCAAGCUGCUUGCCUAUUGUCCUGUAGCCCAUCCCAGCCUUGUGCAGGUCUACAAUUGUAUCCCUGAUGUCCUUACACAGCUCUCUGGUCUUGGCCAUUGUGGAGAGGUUGGAGUCUGUUUGAUUGAGUGUGUGGACAGGUGUCUUUUAUACAGGUAACGAGUUCAAACAGGUGCAGUUAAUACAGGUAAUGAGUGGAGAACAGGAGGGCUUCUUAAAGAAAAACGAACAGGUCUGUGAGAGCCGGAAUUCUUACUGGUUGGUAGGAGAUCAAAUAUUUAUGUCAUGCAAUAAAAUGCUAAUUAAUUACUUAAAAAUCACACAAUGUGAUUUUCUGGAUUUUUGUUUUAGAUUCCGUCUCUCACAGUUGAAGUGUACCUAUGAUAAGAAUUACAGACCUCUACAUACUUUGUAAGUAGGAAAACCUGCAAAAUCGGCAGUGUAUCAAAUACUUGUUCUCCCCACUGUGUGUGUAUAUGUAUAUAGGAUAAAAGUAAUCCUUCUACCCCCCCAAAAAAAUAAAAUAUAUAUAUAUAUAUAUAUAUUUUUUUUUUUUUUUUUUUGGGGGGGGUAGAAGGAUUACUUUUAUCCUAUCCCAGGUAUUCCUUAAAGAGGUGGGGUUUCAAGUGUCUCCCGGAAGGUGGUGAGUGACUCUGCUGUCCUGGCGUCGUGAGGGAGCUUGUUCCACCAUUGGGGUGCCAGAGCAGCGAACAGUUUUGACUGGGCUGAGCGGGAACUGUGCUUCCGCAGAGGUAGGGGGGCCAGCAGGCCAGAUGUGGAUGAACGCAAUGCCCUCGUUUGGGUGUAGGGACUGAUCAGAGCCUGAAGGUACGGAGGUGCCGUUCCCCUCACAGCUCCGUAGGCAAGCACCAUGGUCUUGUAGCAGAUGCGGGCUUCAACUGGAAGCCAGUGGAGUGUGCGGAGGAGCGGGGUGACGUGAGAGAACUUGGGAAGGUUGAACACCAGACGGGCUGCAGCGUUCUGGAUGAGUUGAAGGGGUUUAAUGGCACAGGCAGGGAGCCCAGCCAACAGCGAGUUGCAGUAAUCCAGACGGGAGAUGACAAGUGCCUGGAUUAGGACCUGUGCCGCUUCCUGUGUAAGGUAGGGUCGUACUCUGCGAAUGUUGUUUAGCAUGAACCUACAUGAUCGGGUCACCGCUUUGAUGUUAGCGGAGAAUGACAGGGUGUUGUCCAGGGUCACGCCAAGGUUCUUUGCACUCUGGGAGGAGGACACAACGGAGUUGUCAACAGUGAUGGCGAGAUCAUGGAGCGGGCAGUCCUUCCCCGGGAGGAAGAGCAGCUCCGUCUUGCCGAGGUUCAGCUUGAGGUGGUGAUCCGUCAUCCACACUGAUAUGUCUGCCAGACAUGCAGAGAUGCGAUUCGCCACCUGGUUAUCAGAAGGGGGAAAGGAGAAGAUGAAUUGUGUGUCGUCUGCGUAGCAAUGAUAGGAGAGACCAUGUGAGGAUAUGACAGAGCCAAGUGACUUGGUGUAUAGAGAGAAUAGGAGAGGGCCUAGAACUGAUCCCUGGGGGACACCAGUGGUGAGAGCACGUGGUGCGGAGACAGAUUCUCGCCACCCCACCUGGUAGGAGCGACCUGUGAGGUAGGACGCAAUCCAAGAGUGAGCCGCGCCGGAGAUGCCCAACUCGGAGAGGGUGGAGAGGAGGAUCUGAUGGUUCACAGUAUCAAAGGCAGCAGAUAGGUCUAGAAGGAUGAGAGCAGAGGAGAGAGAGUUAGCAGUGCGGAGAGCCUCUGUGACACAGAGAAGUGCAGUCUCAGUUGAAUGACCAGUCUUGAAACCGGACUGGUUUGGAUCAAGAAGGUCAUUCUGAGAGAGAUAGCAAGAGAGUUGGCUAAAGACUGCACGCUCAAGAGUUUUGGAGAGAAAAGAAAGAAGGGAUACUGGUCUGUAGUUGUUGACAUCGGAGGGAUCGAGUGUAGGUUUUUUGAGAAGGGGUGCAACUCUCGCUCUCUUGAAGACGCAAGGGACAUAGCCAGUGGUCAAGGAUGAGUUGAUGAGUGAGGUGAAGUAAGGGAGAAGGUCUCCGGAAAUGGUCUGGAGAAGAGAGGAGGGGAUAGGGUCAAGCGGGCAGGUUGUUGGGCGGCCGGCCGUCACAAGUCGCAAGAUUUCAUCUGGAGAGAAAGGGGAGAAAGAAGUCAAAGCAUAGGGUAGGGCAGUGUGAGCAGGACCAGCGGUGUCAUUUGACUUAAUAAAUGAGGAUCGGAUGUCGUCAACCUUCUUUUCAAAAUGGUUGACGAAGUCAUCCACAGAGAGGGAGGAGGGAGGGGGAGGAGGAGGAGGAUUCAGCAGGGAGGAGAAGGUGGCAAAGAGCUUCCUAGGGUUAGAGGCAGAGGCUUGAAAUUUAGAGUGGUAGAAAGUGGCUUUAGCAGCAGAAACAGAGGAAGAAAAUGUAGAGAGGAGGGAGUGAAAAGAUGACAGGUCGGCAGGGAGUCUAGUUUUCCUCCAUUUCCGCUCGGCUGCCCGGAGCCCUGUUCUGUGAGCUCGCAAUGAGUCGUCAAGCCACGGAGCAGGAGGGGAGGACCGAGCCGGCCGGGAGGAUAGGGGACAUAGAGAGUCAAAAGAUGCAGAAAGGGAGGAGAGGAGGGUUGAGGAGGCAGAAUCAGGAGAUUGGAGGGCUGAAAAGACACUCUCAUUAGAGCAGUUGAUAAACUAGUGCUGGUACUGUGCUCACAUGAGCAAAGGUUGAAAAACCGUAUUGAGCUUUUUGAGUUAACACUCUGUUCCCUUCUCAGAUCCUGAUCCGUAACCGGGCCACUGAGUUGGAUGCCAGGAUGAACGAUGGCACCACACCUCUAAUCCUGGCUGCCAGGCUGGCUGUGGAGGGCAUAGUGGAGGAACUGGUGCACUGCCACGCGGACAUCAAUGCUGUCGACGACCACGGUGAGCCCUGGCAUUGUUUCUACAUGCAUAUUGAGUGUCAGGUGUCUCCAACAGGUCGAUCACUAGCUACCAGUAGCUCGCAGCCCACCUAUGAGUAGCUCACCAAACAAUUGAAAGUACAUGCAAUUUUUCACGUGCUCCACCGCAAACUUUCAUUAACAAAUCUCACAAGUAUCAGGCACCGCAAGCUCCCAGCUACUAUCUAAUCAACAUUGACAUUAUCCCAUCCCUGGUUAGCCACUAUUGGCUUAAAAAGCCAAACCUAACACAAUAUCUGCCAAGUAAUUUCCAGCAAUAUUGCCCACGUCUGUGUGAUGCUCGUGCUUGUCUAUCACUCUGUGUGAAGCCAGUUGAUGUGAUAACCAUCUUGUGGAUUGACCUAAAUACUUUCCCCAAGUCCUUAUCAAUUAAAUGUUAACUGCAAAGUAGGCUUACCUGGCUUAAGUAUAUCAUUUGUAUCUAUUAUUUGUUAUUUGCUAACUUUUCCAUGAAAUGAGCAUCGGCAGUACAGAACCAUCGCUAGACCAGCACAUUAGACAGAACAUUCCUCACUCGUUAGAUGCGCAAUUAAAGUGCCAGAUGCGCAAUCAAAGGGGAAUUAAACAAAAAAUGUAAAUGUUUUAGUUUUCUUCCAGACCAAUUUUUUAUCUUUCUCUGUCUCUCUCAGGUAAGUCUGCUCUGCACUGGGCAGCUGCUGUGAACAAUGUGGAGGCCACCCUGGUGCUGCUGAAGAAUGGAGCCAACAGAGACAUGCAGGACAACAAGGUCUGUACUACCUCGGUUUACAUUUCACAUCACCAUCUUGUUUUGCACAAGUUUUCAUACCUCAAAAGUAGCCUUUAUGUCAAGCUAUGUCCCAUAUUAUAUCACUUUAGUAUCAUGUUUUAUUAGCUUUGUACAUAUACAUGUCUUCAUGGGUUGUUUUGCCCAUUGUGUUUUUCCAGGAGGAGACCCCGUUGUUCCUGGCAGCCAGAGAGGGUAGUUUUGAGGCGGCCCAGGUUCUGCUGGACCACUACUCUAAUAGGGACAUCACAGACCACCUGGACCGGCUGCCCCGUGACACCGCACAGGAGCGCAUGCACCACGACAUUGUACGUCUGCUCGAUCAGUACAACCUGGUCCACAGCCCACACAACGGCCCCAACCACAUGGGCGGGGGAGGGGGACACUCCCUGGUUUGUGGAGGAAACGGAGCGGGCUACAUGGGCAUGCGGCCCGGGCCCCAGGGCAAGAAGAGCAGGCGGGGCGGGGGGAAGGUUGGAGGUGCUGGCGGGGGUACAGCCAAAGAGCUGAAAGACAUGAAGGCUAAGCGGAGGAAGAAGCCAACAGGAGGAGAAGGGCCUGCAGUGGGAGCUGUGGGAGGAGCCAGUGGCAAUGGCACUAAAGCUGCAGGAGGGCUGUCAGAGAGCUCAGUCACCAUGUCACCUGUGGACUCCCUGGAGUCUCCACACUCGUACACAGGAGACGCUGCCAGGGCCCCCAACACGGCCAACUCUCCUCCUCUCCUGAGCAGCCCCUCCUCCAGGCCCCUGCUGCCUCCAGUCAGCCACAUGCUGGGCCAACAGCAGAGCUGGGUGGGCCUGAAGCAUGGAUACGGUGGCCACAUGUUCAGCCUCCUCCCCCAGCAGAUUGGUAACGGCCAUCCUGGCAUGUCCCAGCACCACGGCCAAGGCCUGCUCACCCCCAUGAAUGUCACCAUGAGCCGCGAGCAGCUGCCUCCCAUUGUCACCUUCCAGAUGAUGGCACCGGGGGGCGGGCAGGCCCUGCUGAAGCAGCCCCAGCCUGGGCAGGUGCAGUCACAGGGGCAAAACCAGGGCCAGCCCCACUCUCAGCAGGGCCCUACUCACCUGCACUGCACCCAGGGCAUGAUGUACCAGAUGCCCGACGUGGGCCUCCAGCACAGCCUGUCCCACAGCCUCCCCCACUCUCACGGCCUGGCCCACGGCCAUGGCAUGGUGCAGGACGGCCAGUCCCGCCAGCAGCUCCCUCCAUAUCAGGCUAUCCAGAGCCCCGUGGAUAAGUACCCCACCCCUCCCUCUCAGCACAGCUACGCCACCGCUGGCUCGGAGGGCACCACCCCGGGGCACCCGGCUCACCCGCCCAGCAAGCACCCGUACCUCACCCCCUCCCCCGAGUCCCCUGACCCCUGGUCCUCCUCCUCCCCCCACUCCAACUCAGACUGGUCUGAUGUCACCACCAGCCCCACCCCCCUGGGGAACCCCCAUGCACUGCCGCCUCCCCGCCACACACAUAUUCCGGAGCAGCCGCAGUCCCAGCAGACGCAACAGAACCCCCAGCAGCCUCAGCGUGGCAACAUGCAGGUGUUUGCAUAG